UAACGCGAACUCCCACAAGUGCCGAACACACCAACUGUUCGCGAGCUUUUUUGACAGCCGGUCACAGCCCUACCUGCCCCGAUACCUCUUUCGCCCUCAGUCUCUCGUAACUCAUAGGUAGUCCCGGAGAAGUACCAGCCGCUUUGCACCGCCGUAGCCGCAGAGUUCUGGAAAAACUCAUUUUUCCUCGCGAUCUUUUUUGCUAUUGUUUUCAUUGCAGAGCCUGUAUGGAUUCAUAAAUUGAGCGCGAUAAGCGUGUGAUUUUCCGUUCAACAGCGUCGCGAUUGUGGAGGAAGAGCCGCCACGAUAAGGCGCCCCGCCCCGGCAAGGCUCCAGUUGCCGCCAAUUUGGCUGUCAGGAUUCGUAGUGAUGGUUGUGUGGCAAAGGUGCCUCCGUGCGGUUAUUCGGCAAAUUGGCUUAAAGAUUGAGCAAAGUCAGGCGAAUAACGUCAUUUCCAAUUGUACAUUUACAAAGCCUUCUCCUUUACAAGGCCAAUUAACUCUUCAUAGCAGAGUCUGUGGAAUUUCAUCAAUAGGAGUUUUUAGGCCUUCUUACCAAUUCUUCCAGCAUGAGGGGUAUUUUAGUUCAAGGAGCUUGUUAGCUGAUGCUGAAAACAUGGAGCCGAUAUCUUCCCCUUUAACGCCACUUUUGGGACAUGUUGGACAAGCUACCACAAAGGGUUUGGGACCCAAAUCUUCAACGGUUCAGGCUAUUAAGAAAGAUAUACGGCAGAGUCCAAAGAAGGUAAAUUUAGUUGCUAAACUGGUCAGAGGAAUGCGUGUUGAAGACGCUCUCUUACAACUGCAAGUUUUGGUUAAAAGAGCUGCAAAGACUGUUUAUCAGGUCAUCCACUCGGCCCGUGCCAACGCAGCACAUAAUCACGGUCUCGAUCCGGAUAAGCUCAUUGUCGCUGAAGCUUUUGUUGGGAAGGGGAUUUAUUUGAAGAGACUGUCUUACCAUGCAAAGGGAAGGUCCGGGAUAAUGGUUCGGCCUAAAUGCCGCCUAACGGUGGCGGUGAGGGAGACGACACCGGAGGAGGAGGCCAAGAUUGCUAAGCUGAGGGUCAUGAACUACAAGAAGCUCACAAGGAAGGAGAAGCAGCUUGUUCCUCACCAACUUAUUGAGAUCACACCAAGGUGGAGCAGGAAGAAGAAGGAUGAGGCUGCCUAAUCUUCUCAGAUUAGCUUUCUUCUUUUUCCAUUGUUCUGUAUCAUGAGGUUUCACAUGCUUGUUUUGAAACAACAUGGUGAAGGAAGCUUGUGUAACUUUUAUUUUUAUUUGAUUUGAGAGAAGAUUGUCUAGCGGCUAGCAUCUCUUCCAUGGGUCUCGCAUGGUUGUUUAAGCUAUGUUAGUUUUUUAGCAUUUGUUGUUAGGGGCAUUUACAUACAUAACACAUAAUUCUUAUGG